GUUUGUAUCUCAGCUAUCUCUAAGGGCGUUUCAAGUAUCACUUGCUCAUAUAGAACACAAUGGACGAUAUCUCACCAGGUCAAUAAGACCUCAACCCUCAGAUCACCGAUCAACAGCCCGACGCCUCAGAGCAUCCAGCUUACACCACUUUCGUAAUGGACGAUCAGACCCACAAGCGGCACUGUUGGGAAUGUCGCCGACGCUGCCUUGUCUGCGACUUCACUGAACCAUCAUGCCGGAGGUGCUCUUCAUCCGGUAUCCCAUGUCCCGGGUACGGUGAUGUAAGACCGCCGAGACUGAAGUGGCUCGCGCCUGGUAGGGUCGUGUCUCGAAAGCCGAGGCCAAAGAACACACGCGCUGCUGGAAACGUACUCCCAACCUGGACGAGGAGAAUGCCGGCGAUUAACACAAGGACAAUUGAUUGGGACAUGCCGUCUUUAGACACGGAAGAAACUGCCGGCCGUAACCUGUUCCACGCCGCGGAGUAUUACAAUUCAUGUAUAUUCAGAGAUCUGGCCCCAGCACUUGACCUUGGGCGAAACCCCCAGAUACACGAUGCUUCGCCUGCCCAAGUACAAGAAGCUCUAACGAUACCUGAUUUCAUACGGCUGGGUCUUCUCUGUAUGACCCUCAGCCACCGGAUCAACCAACUUGGCACGAGGGACAUUCCCCAAUCCAAAGUGUUGGCUGAGAGAUACUACCUUUGUCGAGGGAAAGCACUACGCUCUCUCAGUAAGCAGUUCGACGCGGACCACAACUGUACGAGCGAUUUUGUUAUUGGCGGGGUGUUGACUCUGUUACUUCUCGACAUCCAAUCGGGUGCCCCACCACAUUGGCUGCAUCAUCUCCAAGGAGUCCGGAAGCUGAUUGACCUCCGCGGCGGCUUUCGUAAGCUGGCAAAGACGCAAAGCCUAGCUCCGUUGCUACACUGCCUCUGGUUCGUUGGCAUCAUCACGAACACGACCUGCCCGAAGUCUCACCUCGAUACUUCGGCGAUCUCGCACCUCGAGGCUCUUGACUUCAUGAGAGAGCAAUACGGUUCCGCAAUGACCCCGUCGCAAGUAUGGCCUCCGCAACUGCUGGCCGAGGUCAUCAAGAUCACCCAUCUUCGGCUGCAAGUGACGAGAAAGCGGACCGGCAAUCUGGAGCGCAUCUCGGCAGAGGCCAACGAGAUCCUAGACCGUAUCCAACUUUUCUCUCCAGAGCAACUAUCCGAGUCCAAGGCUUCGUCGAGAGAGGACUGGAUAUGUAUCGGCAACGUGUACAAGUCCGCCGUUGCAUUGUACUGCGUUCUCUCGCUACAGAGCGCGUCAGUCCUUCCGGAAACUCCGACCUUGCGGGCUUCUUGUGCCUCACACGGCCAGCACCUGCAGCAUCUUCUCAGCACGAGUCUAUCAUCGCCGCGGACCAGGAUGUUCAUGUUCUGGCCGCUGAUCUUGCUGGGCGUGGAAGCUGUACACGGGGACGUGACGACGCGUGACUUUGUCUCGAAGCACCUCCUGGAGCUGAGCCGCGUCGUGGGCACAUCCGUGCCGCUGACGGCGCAGCGGGUCCUUGCUUCCUUCUGGGCGUCGGGCGGUCAGAGCUGGGACGCCUGCUUCGAUCGGCCGUAUCCCUUUACGACGCAGAUUGCCGUAGACGUCGGCCGGGUAUACGCUCCCCGGCAACGGGACCUUUGAGACUUGUAGAGAUUCACUUGAGCCUUGGAGCAAGGGAGUGGUGAUUUCAAAGCUUUGCGGAUUAUUUGUUGUAUUCAAGUGCUGUCUCUUCUCAUGGACAUGUGCAUACAUCAGGUUUUAUGCACUCUAAUAACCAACACACAGAACAUUACGGGUGUAUACCCCCAAGCAAACUUUAUGUUGAACUCUUAUAUCUUUCCAAGCUUCACAUGGAAAAAUGCGAAUACACCACAGCAAACAAAUACAU